AAAGAAAAAGUUUCAAAUGCCACGUAUUUCAUCAGUUCCUUGAAAAAAUAGCGGACAAAUUCCAGAGAAGCUGUUAUUUAACAAGAGUACGAUCAAUCGUCCWGUAUCUGUUUUAUUUUAAAGUGUUUUUUGAUAAUAAUAUGACUAACGUCUAAGAGGGCACUGGGGCACUAGAGAUGCAUCGGUGUAAUAUUUCACAACGUCUAAACUUUCUCCUCGAGAAUAAUGCCUGGAUGAAGUACGUUUUCCCGACUAUAAACUGGCUGCCAAAGUUUCCUUGAUUGCUGGUUUAACUGGUGGAUUUUAUAUCAACACAUCCAAGCMUUCGAACUAUAGAACGGCACAAGCAAAGAAUGGCUAAUGAAUGGCAAAUGAAGAUACUCCUUGUCUUUCUGGUGUUGAUUGGAUGUUGUGACAUGGUAUUUGCAAGGAAACCUGGGAAAUGUCCAAGCAAAAGAAGAGAGAAAAUAUGUCAAGAUGGAGAGGCUGAAUGCGUAACCGAUAAAGACUGCGCUGGCUUGAAAAAGUGUUGUGUUACGAACUGCGUUAAAAGAUGUGUUGCUCCUAUACCAAAACCCUAUCAAAAAAUAUCUCCACGAACCUCCCUUGUCAAUGAAGGUCAAUCCAUCAUAAUAGGCUGUCACCUUGAGUAUCAACAGUUUGAGGGUUGGUAUGRACCAAGUGGGCAGAAAAUCAUGUCUCAAUCAGAAACUGAUAACAUCUACUACCAUAAAGACGCCAACAGUCCUCAAUGGUUCCUUUCUAUUAGGAAAGUCCAUGUCAAGGAUGGUGGGACGUACACUUGUCGUGGAACCAUGACUAUGGAUGURCACAAGAUUCAUAUUCGAUUUACACUUGAAAAUCUGGUACGAAAGCAAUUCAUCGAGGAAUCAAAAAUAGGUAUCAUUGAAGUAUCUGUGAAGGGCUAUCCGACACCACAGUACAUUUGGAAAAAAAAUGGUCGUGAAAUAGACCCAACAAUUGGACGGUUCASCAUAAGCCCAAGUGGAUCACUGAGCAUCAAAGAUGUAACUACGAUAGAUGAAGGAACAUAUGAGCUUACAGUGAGAUCUGAYUCAACCAAACAGGCUCAGCUGGAAUAUAUUCAAGUGUUUGUUAUUUCAGAGGAUUGCCCGCUGCAAGCAGAAAACCUAAUUACUCAAAGARGUUGUAGUUCUAGCAUAUUUGAUAAUUGUGUGAACGAUGAAGGCUGUGGGUACAAGUACUGUUGCUUUGACAAUUGUAGAAGAAGAUGUAAAGGACAACUGUUCGACAAACCAGGCCAGUGUCCGUUCUUGCCAAUCCCACCUACUUGUGCUUCCAGUUCAGUGGAUUUAUGCCAGGAGGAUUUAGACUGUCUGGAAAAACAAAAAUGUUGCUCAAACUCUUGCUACAAAACAUGCACCCAUCUUACAUCUUCAAGUUCCACAAAUACUGGGGUGACAAUAUACGAACCAGAAGAUUACAUCAACCCUGGUAGCAAUGUCAAGAGAACAUGUAGAGUUUUUAAUCAGCCACUUGAAGGCUGGUAUAACCCAAAUGGAUUCAAGAUAGAGUCCCGAAGUGACCGUAUACAUGUCAGAUCUAAUGGUCCAUACCACGUACUUGUGAUAAAAAAUGUGACAGCAGAGGAUGGCGGGAAAUAUACUUGUCGGGGAGCUAUUGAUAGCAAAUUGGCAAAUAUUAAGAUCAACUUUACCAUUCUUGAAAURCCGCAUAUCCUUAUGAGAGUACGAGCCAGGAAGCACCCGAUUCUCAUCAAGACCUUCAUUCGCGGUCACCCUUUACCAAAAUACAUCUGGUAUCGAAACGGGAAAGCUAUUGACAUGAACAGCAAGAAAUACACUAUAAGYCCAAGUGGAUCACUUGGUAUUGGUAAAAACCAAGCAGCUAUACCWGGGAGAUAUAACUUGAAGAUUGAACAGGAAGGCAAUGUCUAUGACCCAGAUAUCACUGUGGAAGUACAGAGUGACGAAGCUGUGUCAAAAGAUGUUGUCAAAAGAGGGACCACAGUUAAGUGCUUAAAGAGAGAAAUGCGCAUUCUCAUUAAAAUGAAGCUUCUGGAAGACAUGGAAGCAAACUCUCUACGACUGCGUGACCCCAGCUGUCAAGCAACAUCAAAUGGAACUCAUUUCUUAUUAGUUGCUCCUUUGAUGAAAUGUGGCACGACCGUUAGGCACACAUCUAAGGCUGUGGUUUAUAGUAACGCUGUCCUAGAAAGAGAAUCUGAAGAAAUGAUAACUAGACUGAGUGAUAUCAGUGUGCCAUUCAGUUGUUUCUAUUCUAAGGAAGGUGUUUCAUCGACGCUUGGACUUCUUCCUGUCGUGGUAUCAAAAUUGCUUCCUGGAUCUAAUUCUUCAUCAAAAUUUGACUUGUCUAUGAAGCUAUACAGAGACGAGACCUUCACUCAUGGUUUYCAAGAGAGUGACUUUCCACUCAGUAUUGGCCUCAAUAAACCUUUGUUUAUUGAAGUUCGAGUCGAUUCACCAGAURUGCGCCUUGCUGUUUUGGCUGAGAGAUGUUACGCAACACCUUCCCAGAACCCAUAUGAUAAAACUAUGUAUGAUGUGAUAAGAAAAGGUUGUAGUGUGGAUCCGACGAUAAGGUUCUACCCCUCAGAACCUUCCAAGAACAGAUUCAGCUUCAACUCUUUYAAAUUUGUUGACACUUCACAAAGAUAUAUUUUUGUUCACUGCAAACUCGUUGUCUGUAACGCGACUAACCCAUCCUCACGCUGUGCCCAUGGCUGCAUCUCGGCGCCUGCAUCGCUUGGUAAAAGACAAAAACGAGACUUGCAGGAAGACUACGAAUUCACACAAGGCCCGAUCAUCUUAACCAAAGAAAUGAAGUCUGAGAGUCAGCAAAACGAAAUUGAAGACACUGUAUACUCUUCGGUAUAUAUAUUGCUGUCUAUCGCAAUGGGUGCAAUUUGCAUCGUGAGUCUCGUUACGAUAGUACUCUUGAGGAAAAGGCUGAGGAUCGAGAAAUUAUCCCUGGCCAUGGCGACUUCAAAAGAGACACAACUUUAAUUGAUAGAAGAACGGGUUAUGACUGAAGAUAGACUGAAGAUACAAGAUACGUAGUAAGGUUUAGGGUUUGAAAUGAUUUCGUAGAAAAAUUCCUUGAACCCAUAUGGUGACUUCAAAAGAGACGCAACUUUAAUUGAUAGAAGAAUUGGUUAUGUCUGAAGACUCAAGAUACUUAGUAAGGUGUAAUAUUUGAAAUAAUUUCGUAAAAGAUUUCCUUGCUCUAAAAUUUCUAGAAAUUAGAGUGCUUUCUUAUUAAUCUUCACUGAAAUCAAAGUGACUAACAAAGCAAGCAAUUCUCGAUCUUUAUGCUGCAUUCGAGGAAAACGAACGUCAAUAAAUCAAGAUUGCGAAUUAGAAGCACUGAAAACCACCGUCUCACCAACUCACUGCAYGAUUAUGGAUGAUGUACUUUAAUAAUACCUUCUGCUUCUUACAGGGUUUUUGCCUAAUCACUACUAAAGAUUCAGAGAUAGGUAUGUAGAGAAAAUUUCGUAGCUUGUAUGUACCGCGUGGAAAUCCUGCUUUUGAAGUGAUACUUAACUAGCUAAAGGACAUACUUGGUCAAAAAAAUUUGAAAAUAAAAACUAAAAAUCAAACAGUUAACCACA